CACCAUCCCAAUAACAACUACAACGCCCAUCGAAAUGGAGGAACAGCAUCAGAAGAACCCUCUAUCACAAGAGAAACAAUCCCCAGUCUCAACCACCACCGAUGCGCCGCAGAUAAUCGCCCAUCGGGGCUUCAAGCGAAAAUACCCCGAGAACUCCCUAUCCUCGUUCAGAGGCGCCGUCGAGGCAGACAGUAAUGCGAUCGAGUUGGACCUAGCGUUGUCCAAGGACGAUGUUGUCGUGAUAUCCCAUGAUGCCUCGCUAAAACGCUGCUUCGGGGUGAACAAAAAAGUCGCCAAGUGUGAUUACGAGUACCUGAAAACUGUGACCAUGAUCCAGGAACCGCAUGAGCCGGUUCCACGGUUAUACGAACUACUCCAAUAUCUGGCGCAGCCGGAGGCGGCGCAUAUUUGGGCUUUUCUUGAUGUCAAGCUCACAAAUGAUGCUGUCGCGAUAAUCCCGCAAAUCGCCAAAACCAUCGCCUCCGUCCCACCCGCAGAGAACAAACCAUGGCACACCCGUCUCAUCAUCGGCGCUUGGUCUUCAGCCUUUAUACCCCAAUGCAUCACCCAUCUUCCAGAAUUCCCGUUAUCGCUCGUUUGCUUCGACCUUCACGCCGCGCGUCGAUUUUUCCCGCUUCCGAACCUCGUGGCCUACAAUGUCAAUCAACAGGUACUGAUGGGUCCAUUGGGACGGGGGUUCUUGGAGGAUGCGCACAAGGCAGGAAAGAAAGUGUUUGUCUGGACACCAAACGAUGAAAGCGCUAUUCAAUGGUGCAUCCGAAAACGCGUCGAUGGUGUGGUUACCGACGAUCCCGAGCUAUGUCGGCAGCUCAUAGGCACGACAGACCCGUCUGCUGGAUCGGACGCGAUCACAUUUAGCCAGAAGACCGAGAUUCUGACCAUUUCACUACUAGUUGCGCUGUUUGGGUGGUUGUUCAGACUCAAAUUCCUGCCAAGGGUGAAGGUUGACGCACCACAGAAGGCCAAACCGCCUUCUCAUUGAUAUUGAACACAGGAGUAUAUUGGGAUAGAUAGACAUUGCUCCAUUAACUAUUACCCAUGCCAACCUGACCUUUUGUUUAAUCGCCGCUGUUGGACCUGUACAUAAUCUCCAAACAUAACCGACAUUAUAUACAAUAGAAGGCAUGGUAUACAUGAGACUGAAACAUUUCAACCAAACGUGUGCAAAA